CGGAGUGUGCUUUCACCGCCCGGGAACCUUCCGGCCCGAUUGUCCGCUCCUUCCCGACUGGGUCCUCGCCCGUCUGCCUCCCGGGACUCCGCUCGGUCCGGAGCCACGCGCGCCGAGCGUUCGGACAUGCCUCGCUACGAGCUGGCUUUGAUUCUGAAAGCCAUGCAGCGGCCCGAGACUGCUGCUGCUUUGAAACGUACAAUAGAAGCCCUGAUGGACAGAGGAGCCAUAGUGCGGAACUUGGAAAACCUGGGUGAACGAGCACUUCCUUACAAGAUCUCUGCCCACAGUCAGCAGCACUGGAGAGGAGGAUAUUUCUUAGUGGAUUUUUAUGCACCACCAACAGCCGUGGAGAGUAUAUUGGAUCACUUGUCUCGGGACAUUGAUGUGAUUAGACCAAACGUCGUAAAACACCCUCUGACCCAGGAAGUAAAACAAUGUAAAGGCAUGUUCCCAGUCCCACUUGAAGAAAAAUUAUAUGCCCCAAAGAAGAGGAAGUGAGAACCACCACCACAUUUUAGCCUUGUGUUGACUUCUGUCACACCAGAGCAGCAUGGAUGACUAGUUUAUAAAUGCGGCCUUCAGCCAAGAGUUUGUUAUGCCAUACCACUUGAGUUCUCUGGAGUGCUUUGCUUUUGAUCCCCCUUUUUCAGCAAGACGUGAGAAAACUUCUAUCUGAGAACUGCCCUUUAGCCUGUGGUACUGCAGAUGAUACCUGAUUUUGUUUUCAUUAGUAUAAUUUCUUUGUCAGUGUGGACAGCAACACCAUUUUGAAGAGCAAAACAUAAAACUGCCUUGGAUUGCAAGCUACUUAUUCAGACUGUGUAUAACCGUGCAAAAAAAAAAAAUUGAAGACCCCUGUAUUAUAGGGACAACUUUUGAUCAAAGAAAUAAACAUGAUUUUAUAAACUCCA